AUGUCUUCCUCUCUGAGGAAUUCUGUCAAUCGACGAACUCAUCGAGAACGAUCACAACCAGGAGCAAGAUCCAAACUCGGCCUAUUGGAAAAGCACAAGGACUAUGUCCUCCGUGCAAAGGACUACAACUCAAAGCAAAAGAGACUGGCGGCUCUACGCGACAAGGCUUACUUUAGAAAUCCCGAUGAAUUCUACUACAAGAUGAUGUCCACUAAAACAAAGGGCGGUGUACAUAUAGCAGAACGGAAUGAAAAGUUUUCGCACGAGUUUCUCAAACUGCUGAAAACUCAGGAUCAGAACUAUGUCAACUUUCAACGCAUGGUCAACCAAAGGAAAAUGGACAAGCUACAAUCAGACAUCCAUAUUCCAACACCAAAUGCUGCAUCACUGCUGCCUCCUAUACCAGGGCAGCAGCAGGAUGAAGAGGAAACUGACGACGAAGACGAUAACGAGGAGGAAGUAGUACAAGAACCCAAACCAACUAGAUCAAACAAGAAUCACAUCAUCUUUGUUGAAGAUGCUGAUGAAGCCAAAUCCGUUGCCAAGUCUCUCUCAUCCUCCAUGGCAUCAAAGGAACCCAAACCGAUAAAACGUCCAUCCUCGCUGUCUCUAGAAUUGGCUGCACGACAGAAACGUGAUGAACAGCUACGAAAGAUGCAACUCGAGAUGGAUUUACAAAAGAAUCUUAUGGGUAAAGGUGCUCGUAAGAAGGUUGGAGUCGAUUCAGCGGGACUGCCAACUUACAAGUGGAGGGGUGACAGGAAAAAGUAA